AUGCCGGCUGCCCUAUCUUGUCGUCGUCUUCUUCGUGGAAUCAAAGCGAUCAAGGUCCCCGUCAACGUCGUCGCCUGCAACAGCUCGACGACUGCGACGGUGUUGGGUACGUCCGCGGCAAGGUGGGGUGGUUGCUCGUCGGUGCUGGUGGAUGGAUGGGACUUCACCUCCCUCCCCAUGUCAGUGUCAUUUGGGUGGGUGCGAGGACUAGUGGCUGAGUGGCGCGUCGGAAUGACAGCCCUGCUACGUUUUGUUCGUAGGAGACCUGAGCGCGACGAUACUGCCGUCGUCGCAUGCUCGUCGUCUGCAUCAAUUGGACUCGCCUCCUCUCCUCGACGUCGCCUGCGACCACCGACCCCGCUUAGCGCAAAUCAUUCGGUCCCCUUGCCCGCUGUGGCGUCUCUCAUGCCGUCGCCGCUUGGCCUCCAUCUUUGUGUAUCAUCGAUCUAUUUACUGGUCGGAAAAUAUAC